UAUACGACAACAGUCAGAGGUACAAGAUGCGAAAGAGGAACAAGCCUAUGUCCACGACAUCCCGGAGCUCAUUAGGAAUUGGGAUUUUAAUAUAAGCGAAAGUGUGUGGAGUGGGCUCACCUCACGAGACCGUGCUUUCGAUUUUAUUCGAUAUCACUUCAUUCGCAAGAAGUGCUUUCUACCAUUCCAAACAAAUUGCGCUUUCCAGUGUUUACGCUCAUUUAUACCACAUCGAUGCGCGAAGGGCGUAAGUUGUUGACAUUCGUGCAGAUUUACAAGUGUGGUGUAUUACCUUAUGGAAACGCCGAGGGUGGCCGACCCAUCUUCCAUGACCAGUGACAAUUGAAACGUGAACAUUUCAAUCAAACGUGAAGUGAAUUUUAAACAUUCCAAAGUUUUAUACUCGACCUCGAGCCGUGGAAUGGCUGGGUACAGACUAAUCGUGCUCAUCGGAAUUUCGGCGCUAAGCCUACACCCGAGUUCCGGAUUGAGUGAUGGACCUGCUACACUGAGGAUUGAUCCCUCGGCAAAAACUUCGAAACUGGUGACAAAUUUUAUUCCUGCGGCCAUGCACGUACUUCACCAUUGUAUUGAGUCAAUUCAAUAUGAGCCGACAACAACAUCAACAUCCAUGGCAUCAACAACAUCAACGACAACCAAACCAAUGACCACCUCGACUGCAGCCCCACAACGACCAACGAUACUCCACAAACCGGGUUAUUUCGGGCCGGAGAAACCGCCAACAACGUCGGCUUCCUUCGUCGGUAACCCUUUCGAAAGUACGCCAAGUACGAGCAGCAGCAGCAGCCUGGGGCAAACAACGCAACCAAGCACGGAAACCGCAGAAACUUUGCUCUGGAAUGAUAAACAGUUUUUCGAAUGGUUCUUGCAAAGCAAAUACAAGCAAAUUAAAUUAGAUAAUGAUUUCAACCUUCAGCUAUUAGCGCCCUUGCCUAGACGGCUUCUUCACGACAUCAUGGCCGAGCGAUACGAAUUGCCAGCCUUCCUAGACAAGGAUAAUGUAAAUGAGUUUCGGAACAUUUUUGACGACCAAUUGCGCAACAAAAAAGAUCAACUUGAAUGGAUUGAUAAUUUCGUUUCCUACAGUACGCCACUGCCGGGAGAUGCUAGACGAUCUACUAUCGGUGUGACGAUAACGGGGAGAAUGGGAGGCAGAAAACGUGUCCCGCCAACCAAGCCCUACAUCCACAUGCUGAUGCUGUACGACAUGUUGAAACGAGAGGCAAAAAAGAAUAUGUUUGAAAUCUACGAGGGCUACAGUGCCGAGAUUUUGUCAGAGCUAGCGCAACACAAGGCAGAAAAUGGACAACAACAAUUGCUAUUCGUGCUUUCACGUAUGCUGGAAGAACAAAAUAUCGAAAAAGCCGAUGUGGUAUCUAGAACUAAAGCAAUGAUAACAGAGCUCGAGAAUCCCAACAGUGCGAUAACUGGAGCACUAGUUCAAGUUCCACCGCUUGUGUUUACGCCAUGAGGAAGCAAGUGAACGAAUACGGAUAUUAAUAAUUAAGAUGCAAAUUAAGCACCGCACACACAAUGCUGCCUCCUUCUGCAUUUCUUUGUACAAUCCUAACGGUGAUGUUUGCCAUAGGCCCAUUGCUCCUGUUCCAUGACUAAACCUUACUUGGAAAAUAAACAAAA